AUGCUGAUGGACGUAUACCGUGACGACCGACCCGAGAUCAGCGUCGAUGGCAGGACCGAUGGCCAAGUUCUCAAUAUUCGGCACAUGCAGGCAUCAAAGCGUCUCUCCACGACUACCGUCCAGCAUUGGCUCUUCGCGGACGACUGGGCACUCGACACCGCGAGAGACGAGAACAUGCAGCGGAGUCUGGACGUCUUCGUCUCCGACUGCGCCAACCUUCGGGCUGACCAUCAACGCGAAAAAAUGGUGGUCAUGUAUCAACCGCCGCGCAACGCUCUAUGCAAUGUUCCACGGAUUAACAUAAACGGCAUCUAA